AUGGACGCAGGGCCAUCUGCGAAUGCUGAAACUAAUCCCAUGACUACAGCUGAAGCAGCAUCUUCCAGGACAAAGCAAGUCAGCGACCUCUAUGUGUACCAGGCCCAAGCCUUCUUGGAUGCGGCAGAAGAUAUCGGUAUAGAUCCCGAGACCGUGGAAGACAUCUUAGAUGGCUUCCCGGGCGACCACGACGAAGCCACGACAGCAGAACAAGAAAAUGCUAACAAUUUAGCGUUGGAAGGGAACGAUGAAAAUGACCCGGAAAUGACUGACCUUGCCACCUUUGCUCAGGAAGCCGAGAAGAUGUGGUCCAAAGAAGACAUUAAACAGGCGAAACGCUUCCUCAAAGAACAUGGGACGACCGCGUUCAUCAAGGAAUAUGUCCUUGAGAGAGGAAUCUCUAUUCCCCACUUAAUCUAUGCAUUUGGCUGCAAGGAGCUACGAGAAAAGCGACCUACGACUCUGCUUUACUUCCUCAAAGUAGUGCUGUCACAAGAAAUCCGCAAGCGAGAAAAGCUCCCGCAAUACAAUACCAUAGAUGACGCAGUAGAAUUGAUCCGAACGUCGCAGCGUAUCAUCAUACUCACAGGAGCAGGGAUCAGCGUGUCCUGUGGCAUUCCUGACUUCCGCUCUCGAAAUGGUUUAUAUGCCUCAUUGAAGGAGAAAAACGAAUAUGACCUCGACGACCCACAACAAAUGUUCGAUAUACACUACUUCCGAGAAAAUCCCGCAGUAUUCUAUUCUUUCGCUAGUCAAAUAUACCCGUCCAAUUUUACACCAUCACCGUGCCAUCGAUUCAUCAAACUUAUCGAGGACAAGAAUAAGCUUCUUCGUAACUAUACGCAGAAUAUCGACACCCUAGAGACACUAGCGGGCGUGCAGAAAGUAUUGCAAUGCCAUGGGUCCUUCGCCACAGCGACAUGUCUUAAUUGCCGGCUCAAGGUUCCUGGCGUCGAGAUAGAGCAGGAUAUCCUGCAGCGCCGCGUCCCUUUGUGUAAAGUAUGCAACCCACCUAACGCGACGAGUAGCAACAAAGCAAAUGCGAAGAAGGAUGGGAAGAAGAAGGGUAAGAAGUCAGACAAGGACAAGUGGGAUAGUGAGGAGUCGGACGGACCGGAAGAGAGGGAUUACCCGCCGGGUAUCAUGAAGGCAAGCGCCUUUAGUUCCCCUGACAUUACCUUCUUCCACGAGAAGCUGGACGACGCGUUCGAUCGUGCUCUCAUGGAAGACCGCGACAAGGUCGAUCUCAUAAUCAUAAUGGGGACGUCUCUCCAAGUCGCACCCGUCUCCGAAACGAUAACAUACCUGCCGCACUCGGUCCCACAGAUACUAAUUAACAAAACGCCCAUAAAACACAUCAAUCCCGAUGUAAGCAUUCCAUCCACUAUCGCCCUUCGUACUAAUCCAUGUGACUACGUCGUGGAGAUCGUGCUCCUCGGUAACGCCGACGACAUAGUCCACCACCUCUGCGGCAAGUUAGGCUGGGAUCUGCCGGCACCACGACAACUCGAGCCACUCCGACCCAAUCUGCGGAAACGGCCCUCCACGGAUGUGGCCCCGGCGCCUCAGGAGCCAAAACGGGUCGGUGACAGCCAUGUCUGGCUGUUCGACGGCGCUGAGGGCGGGAAGUGGGUGGAGGAUCUGGAGGCGCGGCUCGUCGGCUCGCCGCGCUCGGAGAUGUCUAGUGUGCUCUCUGAGGAGGAGGAAGACGCGCGCGAAGCCAAGAAACCCCGGCUAGAUCAGUAGUAAUCCGGAAUACUUCGAGAGUUCAUCGCCGGAGCCGCAGGCGGAACGCGUUCUUCGAUGCGCGCGACUGCGGGUCCAGGUAGG